AUGUCACUACCAAACAUUGUGACCACUAUGUUCCAGCCCACUGGGAGCGUCAACAUCACAGCAGCAGCCAUAUUACCUGGUGAGCAGCCUGCAGACGACGGAAUUGUCUUUGCUCAUAAGUCGAAUUUGUACUAUUACACAGCCUCUAACAAUCAGCCCCAAUGUUUGGCCAGUAUGCCAGGACACACCUCAACAAUAAUAGCCAUACUCACAUAUAGACAAUCUCCAUCUAACCCCCAUAGCAUACUCAGCGUGAGCCAAUCCGGGGAACUGAUUCUUUGGAGCUUGACCACGUCCUCGCGGUCGCCAGCAGCAGUGCAAUAUACCCCUUCUCUCGUUGAUGUGGGGAGAUUGACAACUAGACCAAUAACUUGCAUAGACGCACACGACAACAACACGAUACUUUUGGGCUGUACGUCCUGCAUCGUAAUCUGUAGGCGUUUCAGCGUUAACACGCAUUUUGAGCCAACAAAUAUAGAAUUCUGUCAUGAUCAAACUGGCCAGCUCAAGCUACAGACUGAUCUGGCUGAUAACCGAUCUAUGCAUGGCAAUAUAAUAACUGCACUGCACUUGAAGCCGCUACUACUGCCUGACACUCCUAGCUCAUCUCAGCUGGCCCUGUCUGCUGCGAGCGACUCGUUGGUCUAUUGUUUUUACAUUUCCAUGGUUAACGUAGUCUACUAUGUGGAGGUCGCCUUGAAAAACGGGCAGGACACUUCCUCGAGCCAGGGGAGAGACUACCGACCCCAGGAGCCUCAGCAGCAGAACGCACAGCAGGCCCCCGUUCCAAUGUCUCAUCGUAUCAUAUGGCGCAACGAUCACCAGCCAGUAAUAGAUUCUAUUUACUCUACCACCAUUGGCAGUACUGAGUACAUUUUCUUCGGUCGUCGGAAUGGCAACCUGACCAUAUUGAGCUUCGAUAAAAAUGCCCAACAAUAUAGCCCAUUGUAUGACGGCCCACUGACCCCCUCGCUUCUUACUGACUUGGGAACAAAUCACAUGUUGCAGAAUAGGUCCAGUAUACGGCUUAUCCAGGCGUUUGCAAAGUUCAACACGCUCUGCAUUGUCUCAAUGGAUUCGACCGUUCUCUUUCUCAACCUAAAGAAGCUUGGCGAGUGCAGUAAGAAGAUUUCUAAUCUGUCUCUGCUGACCCAAUCUGUCGUUAGGCACGUUGGAAGGUACAUUACUGCGUCUUUUGAGCAGCUGCAUUCGGAAGCGGAGGGACCCGUUUUACGCCUCUUUGCUAUGGCCCCUACCACCGAUACAUCUGUAGUUCUAUGUUAA